UCUGACACCCCAUGGCGGGGGCCUGGGCCGCGGCACACGUGUCAGAGGCCGUGGAAGCUGCUGUCCCGUGUGCUCGAGCCGGGUCCCGUCCAGAUCGCACGGGGGAGCCCAGCGUCUCUGCAGCUGGGGCCUGACCCACGAGCGAGUUGCGGGGCUGCGAGCUGACAUGGCCGAGGAAUCCAUCAUCCGCAUCCCCCCCCACCACUACAUCCACGUGCUGGACCAGAACUCCAACGUGACCCGCGUCGAGGUGGGGCCGCAGACCUACAUCCGCCGGGACAAUGAGCGGGUCGUCUUCCCCCCUGCCAAGAUGGUGACGGUGCCCCCCCGGCACUACUGCGCGGUGCUGCACCCCGUGGUGCGGGCGCCGGGCGCCGGGGUGCAGUUCGAUGCCUCGGGGCAGGCGCUGCUGCGGCACGCGGACCUGGAGAUCCGGCUCAGCCAGCCCCCCUUCCCCCUCUACCCGGGGGAGGAGAUCCAGCAGGGAAUCACGGCCCUGCAGGUGGUCCUGCCGAACACCGCCCUGCACCUCAAGGCCCUGCUGGAUUUUGAGGACGAUCAGGGUGGGAAGUACAUGGCCGGGGACGAGUUCCUCUUUGAGGGGCCAGGCACCCACAUCCCGCGGACCGAGGUGGAGGUGGUGGAAAUCAUCCAGGCCACCGUCAUCCGCCACAACCAGGCCAUCCGGCUCCGGGCCCGCAAGGAGUGUACGGACCGGGAGGGGACCCAGCGGGUCACAGGUGAGGAGUGGCUGGUGAAGCGAGUGGGUGCGUAUCUCCCUGGCGUGUUUGAGGAGGUGGUUGACAUUGUGGAUGCUUUUGUCCUGACGGAGAAGAGGGCGCUGCAUCUCCGCGCCACCAAGACCUUCCGGGACCCGGAGGACACGGUGCGCCGCACUGGGGAGGAGUGGCUGGUGACACUCGCUCAGAGUGAGGCCUACAUCCCCAACGUCUACGAGGAGGUGGUGGGCAUCGUGGACAUCACCACGCUGAGCAGCCGCCAGUACUGCGUGGUGUGCGACCCCGUGGGGCCCAACGGCAAGCCCCAGCUGGGCCAGGAGAAGGUGAUCAAGGGGGAGAAGUCGUUCUUCCUGCAGCCAGGGGAGUCUCUGAAGGAGGGGAUCCAAGACAUCUACAUCCUCUCGGAGGAGGAAGGGCUGCUGCUGCGGGCACUCAGCAAGCUGGAGGACUUGGAUGAGGCCGGCCGUGGGCUGCAGCGGAAGCCGGGCGACUGCUGGCUCAUCCGGGGGCCCCUGGAGUACGUGCCGCCGGUGGAGGUGGAGGUGUUGGAGCGGCGCCGGGCCACCCCCCUGGGCGAGAACGAGGGCGUCUACGUGCGCGACAUCAAGACAGGCAAGGUGCGGGCGGUGAUCGGCCACACCUACAUGCUGACGGAGGCCGAGGAGCUCUGGGAGAAGGAGCUGCCCCCCAACGUGGAGGCCCUGCUGUCCUCGGGCCGGGACCCCGUGGCUGACCGUUCCGGGCCCCCCCCCCAGGGAGGAGAGGGCCCCCCCCGCGACAAGACACGGGUGGUGAGUUACCAGGUGCCCCACAACGCAGCUGUGCAGGUGUACGACUACCGGGAGCGGCAGGCCAGGGUGGUGCUGGGCCCGGAGCUGGUUCUGCUGGGCCCGGACGAGCAGUUCACGGUGCUGAGCUUGUCCGGGGGGCGGCCCAAGGCCCCCCACGCCCGGCGCUCACUCUGCCUGCUGCUGGGCCCUGACUUCUGUGCCGACAUCGUCACCAUCGAGACGGCCGACCAUGCCCGGCUGCAGCUCCAGCUGGCCUACAACUGGCACUUUGAGGUGCCGUCGCCCCCUGACCCCCCGGCGCUCUCCCGGCUCUUCAGCGUCCCGGAUUUCGUGGGUGAUGCCUGCAAAGCACUGGCCUCCCGCAUCCGUGGGGCCGUGGCCUCCGUCACGUUCGAUGACUUCCACAAGAACUCGAACCGGAUCAUCUGCUCGGCUGUGUUUGGCUUCGACACGGAGCUGCAGCUGCGGAGCUGCCUGCGCUUCCCCCAGAACGGGCUGGUGGUGAGCAGCGUGGACAUCCAGAGCGUGGAGCCGGUGGACCAGCGCACGCGGGACGCGCUGCAGAGGAGCGUCCAGCUGGCCAUCGAGAUCACCACCAACUCCCAGGAGGCGGCCGCCAGGCACGAGGCCGAGCGGCUGGAACAGGAGGCCCGGGGGCGGCUGGAGCGGCAGAAAAUCCUGGACCAGGCGGAGGCUGAGCGGGCCCGGAAGGAGCUGCUGGAGCUGGAGGCACUGAGCGCGGCAGUGGAGAGCGCCGGUGCGGCGCGGGCUGAGGCCCAGUCCAAGGCGGAGGCGGAGCGGAUCGCGGGUGAGGCGGCCGUGGAACAGGCCAAGCUGAAGGCGGAGGCAGCCGCCAUUGAGACGGAGUCGGAGCUGGCCCGGCUGGGCCAGGCGCGGGAGCAGGAGCUGCGCUUCGCCCGGGCGCAGGGCGAGCAGGAGGCGGCGCGGGCCCGGCUGCUGGCCGAGGUGGAGGUGAAGAAGUUCCAGCAGGUGACGGAAGCCAUCGGGCCCGAGACCCUGCGCGACAUCGCGCUGGCCGGGCCGGAGCUGCAGGUGAAGCUGCUGCAGGGCCUGGGCCUCCAGUCGGCCCUCAUCACCGACGGCUCCUCCCCCAUCAACCUCUUCUCCACGGCUGGGGGGCUGCUGGGUGUCCUGCCCAGGCCCCCCCCGGGGCACCACGAGUGAGGGCCCCGCCCCUCCCCCAUGGAAACGGGACCCCAUUGUGCCUUAUUCUCUGCAAUAAAAGUGGCAGCCAA